ACCGAGCUAAGGCAUCAGUAACAGGCUAUAUUCCUACCAGCGAGGAUCACAAGCAAAAGCUUCAAACUUUUCCAAAAGCAAACAAAAACAAAACACACACACACAAAAUGUCUCUUGAGCGUGCUAUUCGUGCUAAGAUUGCUGGCAAGCGCAAUCCCGAGAUGGACCAACAAGCCCAGGAAUGGAUUGAAGCUAUUCUUGGUUCCAAAUUCCCCGCCGGUGUUGCGUAUGAGGAUCAUCUUAAGGACGGUCAAGUGUUGUGCACUCUGAUCAACAAACUUUCCCCCAACGCCGUGCCCAAGAUCAACUCAUCCGGUGGUCAAUUCAAAAUGAUGGAAAACAUCAACAACUUCCAGAAAGCAUUGAUCGAAUACGGUGUGCCCGAUUUGGAUGUCUUCCAAACAGUUGACCUGUGGGAAAAGAAGGAUAUUGCACAAGUGACCAACACCAUCUUCGCCAUUGGACGUGCCGCCUACAAACACCCCGAAUUCAAAGGACCCUUCCUUGGACCCAAGCCUGCCGAUGAAUGCAAGCGUGACUUCUCGGAAGAAACACUGCGCGCUGGUCAAGGUAUCAUUGGUCUGCAAGCCGGUUCCAACAAGGGUGCCACACAAGCUGGUCAAAACAUGGGCGCUAGCCGCAAAAUCUUGCUCGGCAAGUAAACAGUUUUCCAGAGGAAAAAAGCCAAAUUGGAACCCAAUCAAUAAUUGGCCUUUGAACCAACUGCUUAUAAACAACAACCUCAUUAACUGGUUGGUUUAGUCCGAUUUUUUGUACUAUUUAAUCUUUAUUAUUUAUGUCAUUAUUUUCUUAUAUUUAUGAAAACUAUAUUUUAUGCAUAAGUUAAAGUAAAAAUUCCUGAAACAAAAAAACAAUCAAAAAUACACACACAAACAGACUCAAACAAGCACAUAACUUCAAAACCACACAAAACCAAAAAGAACCAAAGUUAGAAAAAAGGAGAUUGAUGUAAAAAAAAGUAACAAAAAAAUGUAACGAUAAUGCAAAAGAAAGAAUGAUGGUGCAGAUUUGUAUUUUAUACAAAAGUUAAUGCAAGUUUUAGAAUCUUAAGUUUAUACUUAAGCUAUUUUAUAUAUGAAAAUAACUCGUUGAAAUGUAUCUCAUAA